AUGAACCGAGGUGGUGAACUGAAUUUCAAGGUCAAUGUUCCAAACGAAACGCAGAAGACUAAGAAGGAGAAAGAUGGGGAGGGGGGAAGUUCACCAGGAGAUGGGAUUGCCAGGGAAAGUAGUCCAUUUAUUAGAAGUGCAGAAGUGGAUAGAGGAAACAUGUAUGAAGGAAAGAAUAUGGCCCUAUUUGAGGAAGAAAUGGAUAGUAAUCCCAUGGUGUCAUCUCUUCUUAAUAAACUAGCAAACUACACUAAUCUAACUCAAGGUGUGGUGGAACAUGAAGCAGAUGAAGACAGCAAGCGAAAGGAAGUCAAGGUUCCACGUAUGGGCACUUUUAUUGGUGUGUACCUGCCCUGCUUGCAGAACAUCCUGGGAGUCAUCCUUUUCCUACGUUUAACGUGGAUUGUGGGAACAGCUGGAGUUCUCGAGACUUUCAUCAUUGUAUUCAUGUGUUGUACUUGUACUAUGCUAACUGCAAUUUCAAUGAGUGCAAUAGCAACAAAUGGUGUAGUUCCAGCUGGAGGCUCUUACUACAUGAUUUCAAGAUCUUUAGGGCCAGAGUUUGGUGGAGCAGUGGGACUUUGUUUCUACUUGGGUACAACCUUUGCAGGAGCAAUGUACAUUCUUGGUACCAUUGAAAUUUUAUUGACCUACAUUUCUCCGAGUGCUGCUGUAUUUAAAGCAGAAGAGGUUGGUGAAGAAACAGAGGCUAUGCUGAACAACAUGAGAGUUUAUGGAACAUGUAUUAUUAUUCUGAUGGCCAUAGUAGUUUUUGUGGGAGUAAAAUAUGUCAACAAACUUGCACUGGUCUUCCUUGCUUGUGUGAUUCUUUCUAUUAUUGCCAUAUAUGCUGGCGUUAUUAAGACAGCUUUUGACCCACCUGACUUUCGUAUCUGUCUCCUUGGAAACCGCACAUUGUCAAAACGCAGCUUUGAUGUCUGUGCCAAAUUUACUGAAAGCAAUAAUGGAACAAAGACUACAAAUUUGUGGCGCCUAUUCUGUGAUAGUUCGUCGCUUAAUGCUACAUGUGAUGAAUACUUUAUUCUCAAUAACGUAACAGAAGUUCAAGGGAUUCCAGGAAUAAUGAGUGGAGUUCUUGUUUAUAUGGGGUUAGUAUUAAUUGGUUUUGUGACAUGCAAAUUUGGUCUCUCUCUUUAAGGUAUUAUGGCAGGUUCAAACAGAUCUGGAGAUCUUAAGGAUGCUCAGAAAUCUAUUCCUACUGGAACAAUUUUGGCUAUUUCAACUACAUCUUUUAUUUGUAUCCUUUAUACUGUGAUACUCUUUUCCCCAGUGUGCAUUCUGGGGGUGGUAUUACUUGUGGAGAAGUUUGGAGAAGCAGUUAAUGGAAAUUUAGUGGUUGGUACACUGGCCUGGCCUUCUCCAUGGGUUAUUGUGAUUGGUUCAUUCUUUUCAACAUGUGGUGCUGGUCUCCAGAGUCUCACUGGUGCACCCCGCCUGUUGCAGGCCAUUGCAAGAGAUGGCAUUGUACCGUUUAUUCAAGUAUUUGGUCAUGGAAAAGCAAAUGGAGAACCAACUUGGGCUCUGCUACUCACUGCUGGUAUUUGUGAAAUAGGAAUUUUGAUAGCCUCAUUGGACAGCGUAGCACCAAUUCUUUCCAUGUUUUUCCUUAUGUGCUAUAUGUUUGUAAAUCUGGCUUGUGCAGUUCAGACACUUUUACGGACCCCCAACUGGAGACCUCGUUUCAAGUAUUACCAUUGGACUCUCUCAUUCCUGGGGAUGAGUUUAUGUCUUGCCUUGAUGUUCAUUUGCUCUUGGUACUAUGCUUUGAUUGCCAUGCUAAUCGCAGGAUGUAUAUACAAAUACAUAGAAUAUAGAGGAGCGGAAAAAGAAUGGGGUGAUGGAAUCCGAGGACUGUCUCUGAACGCAGCUCGCUAUGCUUUACUUCGUGUUGAAGAUGGUCCUCCUCACACCAAGAACUGGAGACCUCAGCUUUUGGUCUUGUUAAACCUGGAUGCUGAGCAGUUGGUGAAACAUCCUAGACUGCUUUCUUUCACCUCUCAAUUGAAGGCUGGUAAAGGACUGACUAUCGUGGGCUCAGUGCUUCAGGGACUUUACUUGGAUAAAUGUACAGAAACUCAGAAAGCUGAAGAGAACGUUAAGGCCUUAAUGGGAGUAGAAAAGACUAAAGGAUUUUGCCAGAUGGUGGUGUCUCCUAAUUUCAGAGAUGGAAUAUCCUAUUUGAUUCAGUCAGCUGGUCUAGGAGGGAUGAAGCACAACACAGUGCUGAUGGCAUGGCCGCAGUCAUGGAAACAGACAGAAAAUAAUUUCUCAUGGAAAAAUUUUGUUGAUACUGUACGAGAAACAACAGCAGCUCAGCAGGCACUGUUGGUGGCUAAAAACAUUGACUUAUUUCCAACAAAUCAAGAACGUUUUACUGAAGGAAAUAUAGAUGUGUGGUGGAUUGUUCAUGAUGGUGGUAUGCUGAUGUUACUGCCUUUUCUCCUUCGACAGCACAAGGUUUGGAGAAGGUGCAAAAUGCGUAUCUUCACCGUUGCUCAAAUGGAUGAUAACAGCAUUCAAAUGAAGAAGGAUCUUCAGAUGUUCUUAUAUCAUCUUAGACUGAAUGCUGAAGUGGAAGUUGUUGAAAUGUUUGAAAAUGAUAUUUCUGCAUUCACAUAUGAGAAGACACUUAUGAUGGAACAGCGAUCUCAGAUGUUAAAACAGAUGCAGCUAUCAAAGAACGAAAGGGAGUCCCAGAUUCAGAGCAUCACUGAUGAGUCUCGAGGCUCAAUCAGAAGAAAAAGCUACUCCAGUCCACAGUCUAUUGGCCAAGAUGUGCAGGCACUGCUGAUUGAUGAUUAUCGAGAGGAGGAGGCUCAGCUGAUCCACGACAGAAACACUGCCUCGCACUCAGCUCCAGCAAUCAAAGCAAGUGUUGCUGCUGCUGUGCCAGAAAAAGUGCAGAUGACCUGGACUAAAGAAAAGUUUGUAGCUGAAAAGCAUAAAAACAAAGAUUCAAAUGUGUCUGGCUUUAAAGAUAUUUUCAACAUGAAGCCAGAAUGGGGAAAUCUGAAUCAGUCAAAUGUGAGAAGAAUGCACACUGCUGUGAAGCUCAAUGGAGUAGUGCUUAAUAAAUCUCAGCAUGCUCAGCUAGUUCUCUUGAAUAUGCCUGGACCUCCUAAGAACAGAAAAGGGGAUGAAAACUACAUGGAGUUUUUGGAAGUUCUGACGGAAGGUCUGGAUCGAGUCCUCCUGGUCCGAGGCAGUGGACGUGAAGUGAUAACCAUUUAUUCUUAA